GACCAGUUCUCGGCCAAUCUGUCAACGGCAUUUCUUCCGAGUGUACAACACCCUACGAAGUACGCAACAGCAACGCUUGGUUGGCCUGUGGACCUGCUAAAGAUGCCCCAAAAUUAUGACCCAGACACGAUACGUAUCUUGGUGUCAACCGAUAAUCAUGUUGGUUUCGAGGAACGAGACCCCAUCCGCAAGGAUGACAGUUGGCGCACCUUUGACGAAAUCAUGCAGCUCGCCCGAACUCGGGAUGUCGAUAUGGUUCUCCUAGGUGGUGACCUAUUCCACGACAAUAAGCCGUCUCGCAAGUCCAUGUAUCAAGUUAUGCGUUCACUUCGGAAGAAUUGCCUGGGCAUGAAACCCUGCGAACUCGAGUUCCUCAGCGACGCAGCCGAGGUUUUUGAGGGCGCCUUUCCUCAUGUCAACUACCAAGACCCCGACAUCAACAUUUCAAUACCUGUGUUCUCUAUUCACGGGAAUCAUGAUGAUCCCAGCGGUGACGGCCAUUUUUGCUCACUCGAUCUGCUACAGGUGGCAGGCCUGGUCAAUUACUUUGGUCGCGUCCCAGAGGCAGACAACAUCCAUGUCAAGCCUAUACUUCUGCAGAAAGGAAAAACGAAGUUGGCUCUCUACGGGUUGAGCAACGUACGCGAUGAGCGCAUGCAUCGCACAUUCAGGGACAACAAGGUUAGGUUCUACCGGCCGGCCCAGCAAAAGUCUGAUUUCUUCAACCUCUUGGCGCUGCACCAGAACCAUUACGCGCACACCCAGACCAGCUACCUUCCCGAGAAUAUGCUACCAGAUUUUCUGGAUCUCGUCAUCUGGGGGCACGAGCAUGAAUGUCUCAUCGAUCCCCAGCGGAAUGCGGAGACCGGAUUCUACGUCAUGCAGCCCGGCUCGUCAGUGGCAACAUCCCUUGUGCCCGGCGAGGCCGUAACAAAACACGUUGCGAUUCUCAGUAUCAGCGGCAAAUCCUUUGAGGUGGAAAAGAUUCCGCUGAAGACCGUUCGACCGUUUAUCACUCGUGAGAUCACGCUGGCAACCGACAAGCGUUUCAAGGGACUCGAAAAGAAACAAGAUAAUCGCCAAGAUAUUACCAAGCGCCUCAUGUUGAUCGUUGAGGAGAUGAUUGCGGAGGCCAACGCGAAAUGGCGGUCGAUUCACAGCGAAGACGAGAUACCAGAGGAUGAGGAAGAACAGCCACUGCCCCUCAUUCGACUCAAAGUGGAAUACACGGCUCCCGAGGGGUCAAAAUUUGAGGUCGAGAACCCACAGCGUUUCUCUAACCGCUUUGCAGGGAAGGUAGCAAACCAGAACGACGUGGUAUACUUUUACCGGAAGAAGACGGGGACUUCAAGAAAAGCCAAAGACGUGAGCACAUUCCCAGCAGGCGUCGCGGAAGCUCUUGAAUCUGUCGACACCAUCAAAGUCGACACCUUGGUGCAGGAGUUUUUCGCCCAGCAAUCUCUCAAAAUCCUUCCCCAGGCACCUUUUGGCGACGCCGUCAACCAGUUCGUUAGCAAGGAUGACAAGCACGCGGUUGAGAUGUUCGUCAUAGAAUCGCUCUCCUCCCAAGUUAAGGGUCUGCUACAGCUCGAUGAUGACAAGAUCACGGAGGGCCUCGAUGCCCAUAUCGAUGAUUUUCGAAAAAUAAUGGAGAAAAGCUUCAUUUCGGGGCAGCAGAGACAGGCCCAGCGCAGGAAGCGGUUCAAGGAAAAGCCCCUGGAUUGGGAUUCCGACUUGGACGGCCACUGGACAGCACAACCAGGGGCAAUUGAGGAAGUUCCAGCGUCUCCUGAACCCGCUAUGGAAGGCUCAGGUGCGAUGCCUGCUCCGAAUGCUGCAUUCAGCGACAACAACGACGAGUUACCGGACGACGACGAACCUCCGUUGCCAAAAGCUCCCGCCAAGCGGGCAGCGGCGAGAACGACGAGAGCCACAAAGAAGGCUCCGACUAAGAGGGCCGCCGCCGCGAAGAAGGCUCCCGUGCGAAGUCGAAAGAAAGCUAAUUCGUUCCAGGAUAGCGAAGAGGAGGAGAACGACGACGAAGAUGUAAUCAUGGAAGACGAUGCCGCACCAGAUCCACCUGCGCGAGCCGCACCAACCCGAUCUACUCGAAGCCGUGGUGCUGCACCCAAGACUCGGCAAACAACAAUCAACUUCACGCAGUCACAGAAACCCAAGGCGUCACAAAAAGCUAUCGAGAUUAGCGACGACGAAAUCUCGGAAGACGAUGCCUUCGAGACGAUGCCGGCAACCCGAAGCAGAGGGCGAUGAGCAACGCUCUGGGAGGCAGAUACUUGGGGGAGUUGCAAAUGACCGAAGACAUGAGGACGCCUUCUAAUGGUUUGAUACCUGAUGAAGACAACCCGCUUCUUGCCAUUACGGUGAAUUCAGUCGUAUCUCUGUCGUAAGGCAGUACUUUCGCCUUUGUGAAGUUCUUACAACUUCGGUGCAUGACAGCUGCCGGUCAUGAUCCAUAUACUUGACAUCCUUGCACAAAUUGUAAAGCAUCGCCGGUUCCUGUUAGUAACUUCUAAAUAUCAAUAUCCC